AAUAAGAGAGACUUCAUCUAUACGAGCAGAUAAGAGAGGAUUGCGAUAUUAAUAUCCAGCAUCAUGUUUGGGUUGUGUGGCGUUGAUACCCCUCUUCCCGCCAUGUUCCCCCUUCCUACUCUACACUUUACUCCACAGCAAGUAGCCAAAGUGUGUGAAACUUUAGAAGAAAGUGGUGAUAUUGAAAGACUUGGACGUUUUUUGUGGUCCCUACCCGUCAAUCCGUCAGCUAUGGAAGCUUUGAACAAACACGAAUCUAUUUUAAGGGCUCGAUCUUUGGUGAGUUUUCACACUGGAAACUUCAGAGACUUAUAUCAUAUACUGGAACAUCAUAAAUUUACUAAAGAAUCACACGCGAAACUUCAAGCCAUGUGGUUAGAGGCUCACUAUCAAGAGGCGGAAAAAUUACGAGGUAGACCCCUCGGUCCAGUCGACAAAUACAGAGUUCGAAAGAAGUACCCUCUCCCCAGAACUAUCUGGGAUGGGGAACAAAAGACUCAUUGUUUUAAAGAGAGAACGAGGAAUCUGUUACGGGAAUGGUACCUACAAGAUCCCUACCCUAAUCCAACAAAGAAGCGAGAACUGGCCCAAGCAACAGGGCUUACCCCAACACAAGUAGGAAAUUGGUUUAAAAAUAGAAGACAAAGAGACAGAGCAGCAGCAACAAAAAAUAGGUUACAUAGUCAAGAACAAAAGCGACAACUACAUAGACUUGGGGGACCCAACACAUCUCAUGAUGAUAUGACGUCACCAUCAGACGACGACGAUGAUUUAGAUGACAUAGACUGUCUUAGUGAUUCUAGAAGUGAAACAAGUACCCCGUCGACGAGCACAGAACACCAUGACGUAGUGCAUGCAACUUGAUGAUGAAGUGCACAGAUUAUCGUUGAUGAGCGAAGGAACACAAGUUUACGACAUCCUCUCAGGUAUCGUGUGCUUUUGUCGUCUGCACUGAUAAUGUGACGCGAGUCAUGAACCUUUUUAAAAAAACAAUUAUAAAACCUUGUGAAUUGUGAAUAUUACGUAGAAGGUUUCUGUGUAUUGUUGAUAAGCUAGGACAAAGUGCUAAAAUUAUUCGUAUUUUGAAAGAAACCAACAAACAAUAUUGAACGACCUAUUUCGUCUAUAUCAAUUUAAAAAGCCGUUUUAUUUACGCUGUUAGUGAAUGUGAUGUUAAGUUUUUUGUACAUAGUUAAUCAAAAUGAUGUAGACGAAAUAUAUAGUCAGCAAAAUCAUUUUUUGGAAAAAAAAGGAGAAAAUUACAAAAAUGAAAGUGCGAGCUACAACGAGAACGAUGACGUCAAAAAAAAAAAAAAAAAAAUGAGACGAUGCAGCAUAAUUGACAACAAAAAAAUGCAGACUACUUAAUUUAUAUACCAGUAUAUUAUUUGUCUUUUUACUUAUAAUUCAUUAUGUCUAAAAUGGGCAUAAAAUGUGAUACGAACUUUCUAUAUUAUAUAUGGGACGAGAUAGCACCCCGAACCGAAUACUAUGGGACAACAGCAGAAGU